AUGGAUAAGGAAAACGCGAAACUAGCUCAAGAUUAUUCCGCUUAGAACAACAUCCCUCUGCUUUAAGCCUAACAAUAACCAGUUAAUCAAUAUUACUCUCCCUACUCUCCAUAAGUUCAAUAACCACAGUAAUAAGUUAAUCAGUAACCAUACAUACCAAAUCCUUAUCAAGGAAUCAAUCUUCAAGGAGAUCAACCCCAGGCUAAUCAAUAACUAUAAUAAUAAAUUCCUCAACAAUAACAAUUAAUGUAGCCCUACCAACCUAAUCCUUGUCAAUAAUAAAUCACAGGAAUUGUCCUCCAAUAUCCCUAUAUCCCAUAUAAUCCACAAAUUCUGUAAAAUGCCUCUGGUUAUAGAACUCCAGCACUCGUUUAGUGUCCCUACUGUAACCAACAUUCAGUCACAACCAUUACCUACAAACCAGGAAAUGACACCUAUUGGAUGGCUGCCCUAUUGUGUAUCUGCUUUGGGUUCUUAUGUUUGAUUCCCUUAUUAUCUGGCGAUUGCAAAGAUGUCUAUCAUCAAUGCAGCUAUUGUGGAAAAGUUGUAGGUCACACUCCAUACAAAGCCUGCUAAUGAUUUUAAAAGUAUAUACAUUUCACAAAAAUAAUUAUUUAUGCCUACUA